AUGGGCAUCUUGCUGCCAGGCAGCCCCGUUCUCCUCUCGCUGCUCGCCCCCACCACAGACCCAGCCAACUCGACCGCCUCAGCCGCUCUCGAUGCGCUCGCCCAUGUGCCCAAGCAGCCCAGCCAGGCCAACCCGCUGCCUGCACUCAUCAGCGUCGUCGUAGAGAGCAUCCUCGAAGUCGCUAUCCUCUGCGCAGUGGGAUGGUAUCUCGCCAAGAAGGGGAUCGUUGAUGCAAAGGCGAAGAAGACGCUCAACAAAAUCAACACCUCGCUCUUCACGCCCUGCCUGCUCUUCAACAAAGUCGCCUUCUCGCUCACACCCGACAAGCUCGCCGAACUGUACAUCAUCCCGAUCGGCUUCUGCCUCGUCUCGGCGUUCUCGGCGGGCGUUGCGUACCUCCUCGGACGGGUUGCGGGACUGAAGAAGGGCCAGAGGGACUUUGCAAUUGCCUGCGCGACCUUCCAGAACUCGAACUCGCUCCCGAUCGCGCUCCUCCAGUCCCUCAUCGGCGAAAAACUCCCGCUCGCGUGGGGUCCGCAUGACACGAGGGAUGGAAUGCUCGGAAGGGGUUUGACGUACCUCGUACUCUACUCCUCGCUCGGCAUCAUCGUCCGCUGGUCCAUCGGUGUCCGCCUCCUCUCCUCCGCCGAGACCCAGUCUCCGACGGGUGACACCAGCGCCGAGCGGGACCCCGAGCGCGGCGAGCAAGUCGGACCGGGAGUGAGGGAAGACGAGACGGACGACAGGGAGAAUGACGGGUUGCUCGCGAGUUCGGGGGGAGACGGGAACGGCGAGAGCGUGCGGAGGACGAUCCUCAAGAAUGGUGGUGGGGCAAGGAGGACGCGUGAAUCGACUGCUUCGUCGUCGACUCUCGCGCCUGAUCCGUCGGCCUCGACCAGCUCGAACGGGACCGGCAAACUCGUCCCCCUUCCGCCUGACACGACCGAUCACGCCGACGACCAAGGCGCGUUGUCGACUCCCCAGAAGCGCAGGAAGCGUACCCGCAUCUUCCAAUCUUUCCCGAACACGCCCAUCCCGAGCGUCUACUCGUCCUCUUCCUUGCGCAGUAGCGCCGACUCGGCAUCCUUCGACGACGAGGACGAGGAUGCGGACGGCGAAGGGGACGACAGUCUCGCGUCGUCCGGAUGGGACGACGAAGACGCAGAGUGGGGCGCUCGGCGCGGAUUCGGGCGUCGCUGGCUCAGCACAGGCUCGACUUCGCCGUUCUUUAUGCGCGUCAAGAAGGGCACCUCGAGGGCUUGGAGGAAGACCAAGAGGGUUUGGGCCAAGGUGGCCGACUUUAUGACCGUGCCUCUUUGGGCGGCGGUUCUGAGUCUCGUCGUCGCGUGUAUCCCUCCGCUUCAGUCGGUCUUGAACAGGGCGGAGCCGGUCAAGAGCGCCAUCCGCUCGGCAGGGUCGUGCUCGGUCCCGAUCACGCUCGUCACGCUCGGCGCCUACUUCUACCGCCCUUCCGCCGCCUCAGCAGCCGACACCUCUCCCCUCCGCCGCGAAGAACAAGAGCUCCCACGCUCGUUCCGGUCCAAGCUCUUGCACCUCGUCAAGAAGCCUUUCAAGCCGCGCAAGAACAACGGUGACGGCGACGGCGACACGGCGAAAGGCGAGACGAGCACGGUCGUUGUCGCGGUCGUCUCGAGGAUGGUUGUUGUCCCGCUCGUGUUGAUUCCGCUCUUUGCGUGGUACGCAAAGGUAACGGUCAACGUCGCGGACGACCCGGUUUUCGUCGUCGUCGCGUGCUUGCUCAUCGGAUCCCCGACGGCAAUCACCCUCGCGCAAAUCACCUCUUCAGCCGCAGGCCCGACCUUUGAGAAACUCAUCUCCCGCACACUGCUGGUCAGCUAUGCGUUGCUCACCGCACCAUCGACUAUCGUACUCGUCCUCGCAGCCUUGUGGAUCGACGGGUUGCAACAUCCGCAUACCUAA